ACACUAGCUAUCAUGCCAUAGAUUUUGGAAGACAUCUUGAGCAUAUCUAAGCAAGCAUCUAGAUAUAACAUAAAAUUUGUCCUUGUUUCACACAUGUAUUGUGGGACGAUGGCAGCUCAUAUGGGUUGGGGAAUAAUAGAAGAAGAGGGUUGGAGAAAGGGUCCUUGGACUUCUGAGGAAGAUAGAUUGCUUAUUGAGUAUGUAAGGCUACAUGGUGAAGGAAGAUGGAACUCUGUGGCUAGGCUUGCAGGACUGAAAAGAAAUGGAAAGAGCUGCAGACUGAGGUGGGUGAAUUAUCUGAGGCCAGACCUUAAGAGGGGGCAGAUAACUCCUCAUGAAGAGAGCAUAAUUCUAGAGCUACAUGCUAGGUGGGGGAACAGGUGGUCAACGAUUGCAAGAAGCUUGCCUGGGAGGACUGAUAAUGAGAUCAAGAACUACUGGAGGACCCAUUUCAAGAAAAAGGCCAAAGUGCCUUCUGAUGCCUCUGAGAAGGCCAAAACUCGCCUCUUAAGGCGGCAACAGUUUCAUCAUCAACAGCAGCAGCAGCAACAAUUGCAGCUGAUUAAUCAAGCAGACAUGAAAAGAAUCAUGGCCUUGCUGGAUGAAAAUGACACCAAAAUAUCGUCGUGGCCACCUCAAGCAGCCCAAGGUAAGCAGGACGUGGACACUAGUACUAUAGCAUACCCUAAUCACACAAGUACUGAGGAGCAAGGCUUCUUCUAUUCUAUGCUCAAUGGUAACGUGCCUCAUGUUGCUGAAGCUUCUUCCAGCGAGGACAGUUUUCUGUGGGAUGGCUUGUGGAACUUGGAUGAUGUCCAUGUCAAUUUUACCACUUCAGCUUGUGCAACAGGCAAAGCUAGUACUUUUCACAACUUUGUGGUUCCCUUCUGUUGACUUUGAGCAGCAAGGUUUUAUUUUUUCAGUCUAUUUCAAAUUACUAGUGUCAGCAAAACUAUCCAAGGCUCCCAAAACUCUCGAAGAGCUCUGGAUUGAUGCAUGUGGUCGAACUGGCCGGGUUGUAAAUGAUGCAAUCCAUGCCAGCUAUUUACUUUUUACCAUAAGCACCUUGAAUAAAUCUUCCACUUUUGAAUGAGGAUUGUAAUUAACUAGGAGCUGUUUAACUUAACUGUAUCUGUACGUAUCUGUACUAGAUAACAGGCUCCGGGAAAUCAAAAA